AUGAAUAUCCUAUACAAUCCAACCGGCUGCAGUACAACGAGUUUCAUCCGUCCUCAUCUGGGGAGAUCGCGUCAACAUGAAUAUCCUAUACAAUCCAACCGGCUGCAGUACAACGAGUUUCAUCCGUCCUCAUCUGGUCGUCAACAUGAAUAUCCUAUACAAUCCAACCGGCUGCAGUACAACGAGUUUCAUCCGUCCUCAUCUGGUGGGAUCGACCAACGAAUCUCUUUGAAUAUUGACGAAAGCUCAGCACGUUUUUACCCGAAACGAGGGAGGAAGUCCAGUGGACUGCGUCAACAUGAAUAUCCCAACCGGCUGCAGUACAACGAGUUUCAUCCGUCCUCAUCUGAUCAUGGAUACAUUGGUAAUGAUUUCUCUCAGAAACAAUCGAAGUGUUCUGUCGAUAUACAUAGAGGCACCUCUAAACUGCCUCUUGGUGUUACUUCGGUUUCGCAAUCUCAGGCUGAUACUCUUCUCUCAAGUAUAUGGACAUCUUCUGCUCGUUUGGUACUGGGCGAUAAAUUUGGAUAUUCGCAAACCGAGAAUACGACUUUCAAGAAUACAAAACACCAAAUGACCGAACCUCAGGCACUGCUGUAA